CGCCAUUUCAAAAUUUAAAUUUAUCUAUACGUUUGUAUUUUCUAUUGUACUGUGAAUCGACAACUCUGGACAAAAUAUGACAACUUUAUAAUUACGAUCAGAAUGAAUAGAUACUAGUGUAAACGGCUUGAUAAUUAGUCAUGCCAGGUUUAGAAGAAAGUAUUCCACGCAAUACAAGUCCACCUACGCACAGCCUAAUGUCCGAUGGAAUCGUUUCCGAGCAAAUAAAAAAAUUUUUGUUCACUUCUCGUAAAACUCAAGAUAACGUACAGUGUAACGAAAGUUUAGAGAUUUAUAUUCCGGAGCAACUUCAAGCUAAUUAUAGUUUUUAUACAUGGCCUUCAGCACCUGUAUUAGCUUGGUUUCUUUGGGAACAUAAAGAAGAACUUAUUGGGAAAAGAGUAUUGGAACUUGGUUCAGGUACAGCUCUUCCUGGAAUUUUAGCUAGUAAAUGUGGUGCUAUAGUAACUUUAAGUGAUUCUGCUAAUUUUCCUAGAAGUCUACAACAUAUAAGAAGAAGUUGCGAAUUAAAUGGUAUUUUAUCUCAAGUUCAAAUUGUUGGUAUUACAUGGGGUUUAUUUUUGUCUAGUUUAUUUUCAAUUGGACCAUUAGAUUUAAUUCUUGGUUCUGAUUGUUUUUAUGAACCAGCAUUAUUUGAAGAUAUAGUUGUUACAGUGGCAUUCUUAUUAGAAAGAAAUCCAAAUGCAAAAUUUUUAUGUACCUAUCAAGAAAGAAGUGCAGAUUGGACAAUAGAACAUCUAUUAAAUAAAUGGAAUCUUACUUGUACCCAUAUAUCAUUAGCUGGACUUGGCACAGAUUCUGAUAUAAAUAUACAUGAAUUAAUGCAAGAUCAUACAAUUCAUUUAUUAAGUAUACAACGUGCAGCUUAAAUAUUUUUGCCAUGAUUAAUCGAUAUUUGAUUUCUGUACGUAAUAUUCCAUGGACAAUUUCUCGUUACGAACUUGAAAAAUAUUUUUCAACAUUUGGUAAAAUAAAGAAUACAAAAGUUAUAUUUGAUAAAAAUGGUUUAAGUACAGGUCAUGGUUUUGUAGAAUUUUAUAGUAAAUUAGAAAUGAAUAAUGUACUUUGUAUGAAUCAUAUUUUAGAAGGCGAGUUAUUACAUGUUACAAAAGAAACUAAAUAUUCAUUUGAGGAAAAUAUUAAACAGUUUGAAAAUAUACAAAAUAGAUAAAGUAAUAGACAAAACAAUAUAAUUUAUAGCAUAAAUUCAAUUAUUAAUAAUAUAUCAAAAUAUACAUCAAAAUGAGUCUUGAAAAAACAUUCAAUAAAGCAACACAUUAUUUACAGUUAUUGGCUUCAGAAUUAAAUUCUGCAGAACUUUUAAAAUUUUAUGCUUU